UCCGCGGGGAGGGGGCUGGCGGCGGGCGCCGUCUCCGUGGCCAGGCCGCGGGGGCGCCGGGCAGACAUGGUCGGUUACGACCCCGAGGCCAAGUGCGUGUCCACGCUGGAAGCAGCCGCUGCGGGAUCAGCGGCCGGGCUGGUCAGCCGCGUCCUCGUCUGCCCCUUGGAUGUCAUCAAGAUCCGCUUUCAGCUUCAGAUUGAGCAGCUCUCCGCCAGCAACCCGCUGGCGAAGUAUCAUGGCAUCCUGCAAGCUGCACAGCGCAUCUUCCGGGAGGAAGGGCUGGUAGCCUUCUGGAAGGGCCACGUCCCUGCUCAGUUGCUCUCGGUUGGCUACGGAGCUGUCCAGUUCAUGGUGUUUGAGAGCUUGACAAAAUUGGUGCACAACACCACAUCAUACAAUGCCCGUGAUUACUUCGUGCACUUUGUCUGCGGUGGACUAGCUGCUUGCACAGCCACUGUUGCAGUUCAGCCCGUUGACACGCUACGCACCCGAUUUGCUGCUCAGGGUGAGCCAAAGAUCUACCACAGCCUUCGCCACGCGGUUGUGACCAUGUAUCAGACAGAAGGGCCUUGGACUUUCUACAGAGGUUUGACCCCGACAAUCAUCGCUGUCUUCCCAUAUGCUGGCCUCCAGUUCUCCUUCUACAACGUGUUGCAGCGGUUUUCUGAAUGGGUGAUUCCAGCUGAAGGAAAGAAGGGAGGCAAUGUUAAAAACCUUGUUUGUGGCAGCUGUGCUGGAAUCUUCAGCAAAACCCUCACUUAUCCUUUUGACCUGUUCAAAAAACGACUGCAAGUGGGUGGCUUUGAGCAUGCCCGGGCAGCCUUUGGGCAGGUGCGGAUAUAUAGGGGUGUCCUGGACUGCAUAAGGCAGAUCAUGCGAGAGGAGGGACCAGGUGGAUUCUUUAAGGGCCUUUCCCCCAGCUUGCUCAAGGCUGCUGUCUCCACUGGCCUUGUCUUCUUCUGGUAUCCUCCUGGAGGAGGGAAACUGAUGGCUUUGCUCUGUCAUGAGCGUUCUGGAAAUGCCAGAGCUCUGAAUGUAAGAAGCGGCCUGCUGGGACCAUACAGGAGCAGGUGACUGCGAGUUCUGCUGAAGUCACUGAGCUGCUUUGUAGGAAACGUAUACAGAGCACUUUUUUGUUCUGUCUCCUCUAAUAUGAGCAGAUAUUUAGUAAGGGAAAAAAAAAAAAGCAUUAAACUACCUAGCAGAGACUCUACUCUGAAAAGGUGCCUGACAAAGUGGGGGAAUUCCUCCACUUGCCCUGGAUCACAGAGAUGGAUGCUGGCUUAGCUUGUGCUGUUUAACCAAUGUCACUUCUUGUCACUGCAUCUGCACAGCUUUAUUUCCCUGCUUAUGGCCUGCCAUUUGCAGCAUAUUCUUAUCUCUGUGUUGCACAGGUAGCUCUGUACCAGUGCUGUUUUGAAGUCAGUUAAACCCUAAACUGUGCAUGGAUCCUUGGUUUUCCUUUUUUUUGCUGCCAGCUGCUUCUCUUGAUCACCACUUACUAGCUCCACAUCCUCAGCCGCCUUAAACACAGUAUCUUCUGCUGAUUCAUGCUGACCCAAACUUGCUCUUCCUGGAACUCUGGUGAGCUUGACUGGGUCUUAAAAGUGCCCAUCUCUCCUCUUCUGUGUCUUGCUGUGCAUCACUUAAGGUUUUGCAUUGCCUCAGUCUUUUUUUACAAGUAAGCCUGCACAGUGAGAACUCUGCUCUGAGGGGGAUUCAACGCACAAGCCCAAUUCCUGUUGUGGGGUUCUUUGCUUCCCUGCUGCUGUGCAGUGAGUAAACAGAUGCUGUAUAUAAUCUUAGACUCAGUAUUUAAUCUACAUUAAAACAAUGAAAGAAAGUCCUGUGGAAACUAGUAAACAUACUCUUUUAUUUCUUAAACUACCACCUUUGAAUGUUUUAGCCAAUAUUUCUGAAGUGGCCUCAACAUUUCUGAAUGUCUGUUCUAGUGCAGUGCUAACAAAUAAAAAUGUUUUGACAAGAUCAGCCAAAGUGAGAAGGCUAACCAGGUAAAAUUGGAGUUGGUUGACAUAGCAUGGUGUUUAAGCAGAAAAGGAUGAUUGAAUGGAAAAGUGGGGUUUUUUUUUGAAGUUUCAAAGGUUUUACAAAUGAUGAAUUAAAAAAAAAUGAUUUACGUAAGAAGAAAAAAGAGGAAAAAGUCUUUGUUCCUCCUCUUUUAUUCUCUGUUAUUUCAAGCUGAGCAGGGUGUGGCUGGGUCAGUGUGAAGGCAGGCUUCCAAGGAAAAGCCACUGCCAUGCAAAAGCGUGUUAGUCCUCUGGUGAAUGGUGGAAAGGGAAAAGCACUGCAGUUAUUUAGAGGAUGGUUUGAUGUCCUUGUCAUGAUUCAAAGGUUUUUGUGUCUCCUCUGCGAUGCUCAGGGUGUUAAUCCCAAAUGGUCUGGCCAAAUUCCAGUGUGACCAAUUCCAUUCUGUUGACACAACUUCUCCUGGAGAUUUUGAUUGCAUAUCAGUGUUACUCGCUUAUCCUGGACUAUUAGGAGAGGCUGUUUUUAAAGAGCAGCUGUUUCACUGCUGGGUGAAAUACCCAGUGAGAUGCCUUGCUAGCUUGGGACAAAUGACUUUGUGUCUGCUGCGACUGCAGAUCUUUGAGUGGAAAAUGACUGAGUUUUGCUGCAGGUGGCUUUGGCGGCUACAAUAAAACUAGAUUCACUGAGUAGUGUCAGUGUCAGAUAUGAGACAUAUAUGAGCCUCUAAGAGGGAGCGUUAGCUGCAUGCACUGAAAAAAACCCAGCAGUUUUGCUUAAAGGAAAAUAUGCAAAGGAUGUUGAAUAAGGCGUCUCAAAGCGCCUCAAUCCCAUUGGCAUUUUCCUAAGUUAUUUAGGCUCUUUUGAAAUCUUAAAAUAUUCUUAAUAAUGUUUUGCCUUUGUUUAGCACUGUUCAUCCAUUGUUCUAGGAAGACAUCAUCAGCCUGUAAUGACUUGGAAGACCUCAUAACCACUAAUUCACUUAGCUUCAUGACAUCCUUCUGAGGCAGCAAAAUGCCUCAUUUCAAAGCAGGCACAAACAGGUUGGGAUUGUGACUGUCCUGACUAGCGGUAGAGAGGAAUGCUGUCAUGGUUAGCAGGGACAGUACUGACCGCAGCAGAAAUUUUUUCCAUGCUGACCUGGACUUCCAUAUGCCUAUAGGAAAUCUGGACCCAUCCAUCCUGUCUAAACAUUACAAGACUCUUGUUUUCCAUUUUAUGUCAAAGAGCUGCUGUUAAACUGCACACAAUAGAAGGAAAUUGGUUAGGAACUAAGUGGUGGGAAUCUCAGCCUCUGAGAUGAACGGUGAUUUUCUUUGGUUCUCAUGGGGGCAGAGAAUUGAACAGAAAACUGUGUGCUCUGCUAGGGUGAUGUUCCUUGAAUGUGCUCUGGAGCUUGAGACGAUACAGGCUACCUGCUGUGUGCAACUCGAGUGCUCCGCAGAGGGGGCAGCAAUGGCGAGUACAGAACAGAUCCUCCUGUUCCAGAUCUCUGGAGAGGGGGGAAGCAGUUCUCUGUUCUGUCUUACAAGAGCUAACCCGUAACAAAUAGCAAAGUUGGAGUUUAAGCUCCGUGGCAGUCAGUGAGCUGCUUGUGCUGGUGUGGCUGAGGCUCUGGAGGAGAUGUCCCAUGGUCAGAGAGCCUUGGCACGCCGCCGGGUUGUAUAUAUAUCCCUCUGGGCUGUUAAUCAGGAAUGUUACAGGUCCAUUAAGGCAGCUGGUCAUGCCUGAGUGAAGGAGAAAGAAGCAACCUCAGAUACAGAAUAUUGAAAGUUACGUCUGACAGUCGUUUCAUUGCUCGCCCUUGGUCAGCAGCACGUGUCCCUGCGAGAUCUCCGAUGUGCGCUUGGCUAACUGGGAGCCGCUGUAGUCAGGGAGAUGACUGAAGCGGGAAUGUUGUUCAGGAAUGAGACUUGUUCAAUGCAGAAAACUAGCAGGGUAGGCCUUACUUCUGAUGAUGCUCUGGCAAAACCCACUUGUACCAUCUGAAGCUCGAUUUCCUGGAAUUAGAGGAGCAGGAGGUGUGAGAGAGCUGUAGUCACCUUGUUCCUCCAUGCAUGGAAACAGGUCUGCUCUUAGAAACUGGCCACACCGGUUCAGUCCAGGUUCACGUGACUCAAGGCAGCAGGUGACUCGCCGGGAGCCUGCGCCACAGUUUGCUUCUUGGGGAUGGCUGCGAUUUCACUCCGGGAUAAUCCUGUUGGGGGGAUUUGUGUCGCCCGGAAUUCACCUCUCAAGCUGCUUAGCGGUUGCGUUUGUUUUCUUCUAGUGCCUUUUACCACCAGCCUGUCCGAAAGCGCUUCGGCAGACGAAGCGUUUGGUGCCCGUCGCGCAGUGGUUGCUGCGGGUUGCACCGCAGCUUCCAGCCAGCCUCGGACGGGAGCGGUCACGUGCAAACUCGGUACCGAGUGCACAGGUUCCUGUAGCCCUGACCGACUCCCUGGAGUCCUGCAGCAGGAAUAUUGCUUGGGAUGCUUGUCCAUGGCAGUGCAGCAUGAUUUUGAAAAAGAAAUGAGUGUUCUAGGGUUGGUUGCGGGGUGGACUGUUUUCCUCUUGCGGUGCAGAACUGUAAUUCCUUGCAGCGUUCCUCUCUGUUGCCUGGGUGGAGCUUUUGCAGCUGCUGAAAGCAUCAGAUCGCAAUGCGUGACAUGUGCCUACAUUAAAAAAAUGGAAUAUUAAAUAUUUAGUUAUGCUUU